GGUGAAGCCCAUUUACCGACCCACAGAAGUAUCACGCGCUCCGCGCCAGUAUCACUAUCCAUUUCCUUUUGCGACUUCCGGGCAUCACCCUGGGCCACCACACUCGGCCGGCCGCCUUGGAGCCGCCUGGUCCUCCUCCACUCUUUACCAAAAGUAAAAGAUCCGCGAAAGCAACAGCCCCUCCUCUCUUUUCUAAGUCUUCUCCCUCCCUUCCCCUUCCGCAUACGCAGUCUCCGCCUCAUCCAGAUUCUCUCUCUCUCUCUCUCUCUCUUCGUUUUGUCGAGCAAUUGGUGGUUGUUUUCUGAAUCCUUCGAGCGAAGAAAGAGGGAUUCCGGUUCCCGGGGGGGGGGAGGGAGGGAGUGGGGAGCUCUCAACGGCAGCUGAGAGCGAUGCUCCGAAAGAACUGGCUUCUCAAAAUCCGCCAUCCUUUCGCCACCUGUGCCGAGAUUCUACUACCAACUAUUGUGAUGUUGAUGCUGGUUGGCAUUCGGUCAAGAGUCGAUACACAAGUUCACCCUGUACAAGCGUAUAUUCGAAAGGGCAUGUUUGUUGAAGUGGGAAACAGCGAGAUUUCUCCGAGUUUCGAUGACAUUUUGAAAUUGAUGAUUGUCAAAGGUGAACAUUUGGCUUUUGUACCAGACACCAACGAAACGAGGUUGAUGUUGGAUGUAUUAUCCUUAAAGUUUCCACUCCUAAAGAUGGUCGCGAGAAUUUACAAAGAUGAGCUAGACCUAGAAACUUACAUAUGCUCAGAUCUUUAUGGCAUUAAUGAUCAAGACAAGAACUUUUCAUACCCCAAGAUCAAAGGAGCAAUAGUAUUUCAUACACAAGGUCCUCAAAUAUUUGACUAUAGCAUACGUCUUAACCACACAUGGGCUUUCUCGGGUUUUCCCGAUGCUAAAACUAUCAUGGAUGUGAAUGGACCGUAUCUCAAUGACUUGGAGUUGGGUGUCAAUGUUGUACCAACUCUUCAGUAUGGAUUUAGUGGAUUUCUGACUUUGCAGAAGGUGGUGGAUUCAUUAGUAAUACUUCUAGCACAGCAAAAUGGAACUCAUGUUAGCCCUGAGAGUAGAGAACCACCGUUGUUCCACCCAUUUGGCAUUCAUUCUCAUAUCAACCUUCCAUGGACACAGUACAGUCCAGCAAACAUUAGCAUUGCUCCAUUUCCAACUCGCGAAUUCACAGAUGAUGAGUUCCAGUCAAUUGUAAAGAGUGUCAUGGGAGUAUUAUACCUCUUGGGUUUUCUCUAUCCAAUUUCUCGUCUAAUCAGCUAUUCUGUUUUUGAGAAGGAGCAGAAGAUUAAAGAAGGCCUGCAUAUGAUGGGUCUUAAAGAUGAGAUAUUUUACCUUUCCUGGUUGAUUACAUAUUCUCUACAGUUUGCAAUUUCUUCAGCAAUCAUUACAAUAUGCACGAUGAGCAGUCUUUUUAUAUAUAGUGAUAAAUCACUGGUCUUCGCCUACUUCUUCUUUUUCGGUUUAAGUGCAGUCAUGCUUUCCUUUUUGAUCUCCACCUUUUUUUCUCGUGCAAAGACAGCUGUGGCAGUUGGCACCCUUUCUUUUCUAGGAGCUUUCUUUCCUUAUUACUCAGUCAAUGACUCUGCUGUCCCUAUGAUAUGGAAGAUCUUGGCCUCUUUGCUUUCACCUACUGCAUUUGCCCUUGGGACAGUAAAUUUUGCUGAUUAUGAGCGUGCUCAUGUUGGAGUUCGGUGGACCAAUAUCUGGCAGGCUUCCUCUGGAGUCAAUUUUUUGGCCUGCCUCUCGAUGAUGAUGCUUGACAUGGCUUUGUAUUGUGCUAUUGGUUUAUACUUAGAUAAGGUUCUUCCUAGAGAGAAUGGAGUUCAUUAUCCUUGGAAUUUCCUGUUUACUAAGCAAUUUUGGCAGAGGAAAAAAAUGUUUCAUCGUCAUCCUGAUGGCCUUGGACACAAGCUCCAUGAUGAAACAUUAGGAAGCAAAUCACAUUAUGCUGGUAAGGGUGCCUUUGAACCUGCUAUAGAAGCAGUAAGCUUGGAUAUGAAACAACAGGAACUUGAUGGUCGGUGUAUCUGUAUCAGGAAUCUGCAUAAAGUCUAUAUGACAAAGAAGGGAAAAUGUUGUGCUGUCAACUCACUUCAACUCACUCUCUAUGAAAACCAGAUUCUAGCUCUUCUAGGGCAUAAUGGUGCUGGCAAAAGCACAACCAUUUCUAUGCUGGUUGGUCUUCUUCCUCCUACAUCUGGUGAUGCACUAGUUUUUGGCAAGAAUAUUAGGACCGACAUGGAUGAGAUACGGAAGACAUUGGGUGUGUGUCCACAGAAUGACAUACUUUUUCCAGAACUAACGGUCAAGGAACACAUGGAAAUAUUUGCAAUUUUGAAAGGUGUUGAGGAGGACUGCUUGGAUAGGAAGGUGAAAAAUAUGAUUGAUGAAGUGGGUUUGGCAGAUAAAGUUAACACAAUCGUGGGUGCACUUUCUGGGGGAAUGAAGAGGAAACUGUCCCUUGGUAUUGCUCUUAUUGGAAACAGCAAGGUUAUCAUCCUUGAUGAACCAACUAGUGGUAUGGAUCCAUACUCAAUGCGUUCAACAUGGCAGUUGAUAAAGAAGAUCAAGAAGGGAAGGAUAAUAUUGUUGACAACACAUUCCAUGGAUGAAGCUGACGUUCUAGGUGAUCGAAUAGCUAUUAUGGCAAAUGGUCAUUUGAGAUGCUGUGGAAGCUCCCUUUUCUUGAAGCAUAAAUAUGGGGUUGGUUACACCCUUACAAUGGUGAAGGCUGCAACUGGUGCCUCUGUGGCUGCUGACAUUGUUCAUCGUCAUGUUCCAACCGCUACAUGCUUAUCUGAUGUGGGUACUGAAAUUUCCUUCAGACUUCCUCUUGCAUCAUCUGCUUCCUUUGAGAACAUGUUUCGAGAAAUUGAGAGUUGCAUAAGAAGAUCAUAUGAUUCACAUCUAAGCUCUGAAAAAUGCCACUCCAGUUAUGGUGAGGGAAAUUUUGGCAUUGAGAGUUACGGUAUCUCUGUCACAACCUUGGAGGAGGUAUUCUUGAGAGUUUCAGGGCAAAACUUAGAUGAAAAUGAUAAAAGUAUAUAUUAUGCAUCUCAUACUGGAUCUGAUACAGUGGUUUCUGAAGCUUCCCACAGUACACUGAUAAAAUCAACAAGCUCAAAAUUAUCCUUUCAGUUUCAUAUAAAGUUCUUCAUAUGGAUAUGUUAUACUCUGGGAAGCAUCUGCAGAUUAAUAUUUGCCACUAUUUGUACUUUCAUAGCAUUUAUUACAUCUAAGUUUUGUUGCUGUGGUCUGGUUACGAGGUCUACAUUUUGGGAACAUAGCAAAGCUCUUGUCAUAAAAAGGGCAAUAUCUGCUCGGAGAGAUAGAAGGACAAUUGUUUUCCAGCUGUUCAUUCCAGCUGUAUUUUUGCUGUUUGGUUUGCUGUUUUUGAAACUUAAGCCACAUCCUGAUCAGUAUUCUGUGACUUUGACAACAUCGUAUUUCAAUCCUUUGCUACGAGGAGGUGGUGGAGGACCUAUUCCAUUCAAUCUCUCUCUGCCUAUUGCCAAAAAGGUUGCAUCUCAUGUGAAGGGGGGUUGGAUACAGAAAGAGGAACCAAGGACUUUCAGGUUCCCUCAUUCAGAAAGGACACUUGCUGAUGCCAUUGAUGCUGCAGGGCCAGAUCUGGGCCCUGCUCUUCUUUCCAUGAGUGAAUUUCUGAUCACAAGUUUGAAUGAAUCUUACCAGUCUAGGUAUGGUGCAGUUGUAAUGAAUGACCCGAAUGAUGAUGGGAGUGUUGGAUACACGGUACUUCAUAACAGUUCCUGUCAGCAUGCUGCACCAACUUAUAUCAAUGUGAUGAAUUCUGCAAUUUUAAGGCUUGCAACUGGUAAUAAAAAUAUGACAAUUCGAACUCGUAAUCACCCUUUGCCGAUGACAAUGUCACAGAGGUCUCAGAGACAUGAUUUGGAUGCAUUCUCUGCUUCAAUUAUUGUUAAUAUAGCAUUUUCCUUCAUCCCAGCCUCAUUUGCAGUCGCCAUUGUUAAGGAACGUGAAAUCAAAGCAAAGCACCAGCAGCUGAUUAGUGGGGUUUCUAUAUUGUCAUAUUGGAUAUCAACAUAUGUAUGGGACUUCAUCAGCUUCUUAUUUCCCACUUCACUUGCAGUUAUACUAUUUUUUAUCUUUGAUCUGAGUCAGUUUAUUGGAAAUGGUUGCUUUGUUCCAACAAUUGUCAUGUUUCUGGAAUAUGGAUCAGCAAUUGCCGCAUCAACUUAUUGUCUCACUUUUUUCUUUUCUGACCAUUCAAUUGCUCAGAAUGUAGUUUUACUGGUCCACUUUUUCAGUGGGCUCAUUCUUAUGGUUAUUUCAUUUCUAAUGGGACUCGUCGAGGCAACAAAAGAGGCAAACUCUUUAUUUAAGAAUUUCUUCAGGUUAUCACCAGGGUUUUGCUUUGCGGAUGGGCUUGCUUCACUUGCUCUUCGACGGCAAGGAAUGAAAGAGGGAACUGGAAGUGACAUUCUUGACUGGAAUGUCACUGGUGCCUCUAUCUGCUAUUUACUUCUUGAGAGCAUCAUUUACUUCCUCUUGACUAUUGGGCUUGAACUGGUUCCUCAUCAAAAACUAAAGUUGGCUACAAUUACAGAGUGGUGGCAUAACUUUAUCUCUCUCCAGCAUGGCAAAACCAAAAGCUAUACCCAGCCUCUUUUGGGAUCGUUUGAUGAUGCUGCUAUAUCUGAAGAAGAUAUUGAUGUUAAAGCAGAAAGAUAUAGAAUACUCAGUGGUUGUGUUGAUAAUGCAAUAAUCUACUUGCAAAAUCUGCGGAAGGUCUAUCCUGCCAGAAGAAAUCAUGCUGCAAAGGCUGCAGUUCAUUCAUUAACUUUCUCUGUUCCGGAAGGAGAAUGUUUUGGCUUUCUAGGAACAAAUGGUGCAGGGAAGACUACAACUUUGUCAAUGUUAACUGGGGAAGAGUGUCCAACAGGUGGAACUGCAUAUAUUUUUGGCAAUGACAUACGAUUGCAUCCCAAGGCUGCUCGUCGGCUUAUUGGUUACUGCCCACAAUUUGAUGCACUUCUAGAAUUUCUGACAGCCCGUGAGCAUCUUGAGCUUUAUGCAAGAAUAAAGGGUGUUCCUGAGAUUAGCAUAAAUGAUGUCGUCAAUGAGAAGUUGAUGGAGUUUGAUUUAUGGAAGCAUGCAGAUAAGCCAUCAUAUUCUUUAAGUGGGGGUAACAAGCGCAAGCUGUCUGUUGCUAUUGCUAUGAUUGGCAAUCCUCCUAUAGUGAUUCUUGAUGAGCCUUCUACAGGUAUGGAUCCUCUUGCUAAACGGUUUAUGUGGGAUGUCAUAUCUCGCUUAUCAACUAGACUUGGAAAGACAGCUGUUAUCCUUACCACACACAGCAUGAAUGAAGCUCAGGCCCUCUGCACACGGAUUGGCAUUAUGGUUGGUGGCAGCCUUAGAUGCAUUGGGAGCCCACAGCAUCUGAAAACCCGAUUCGGAAAUCAUCUUGAGCUAGAGGUAAAGCCCACCGAGGUUAGCUCCAUUGAGCUGGAUAAUCUAUCUAAAAGAAUACAAGAAUCUCUCUUUGACUUCCCGAAUCAUACAAAAAGCAUACUAAGUGACCUUGAAAUUUGCAUUGGGGGUACUGAAACAAAGCAAACAGACUGUGUGUCGGAAAUCAGUUUGACACGGGAAAUGAUAAUUUUAAUUGCACGCAUGCUUGGAAAUGAAGAAUCCAUCUGGAAAAUUGUAUCUUCCACACCUAUCACUGAUGGCGUAUUUGGUGAACAGUUAUCAGAGCAGUUAACUCGAGAUGGUGGUAUCCCCUUGAAAAUAUUCUCUGAAUGGUGGUUGGCCAAAGAAAAGUUCUCAUUGAUUGAUUCAUUCAUCAUCUCAUCAUUUCCUGGAGCUACAUUUCAUGGGUGCAAUGGUUUAAGUGUCAAAUACCAGUUGUCUUAUGGAGAAGGGUCCUCUCUUGCUGACAUAUUUGGACAUCUGGAGCACAACAGGGAGAAACUUGGGAUAGAGGAAUACAGCAUCAGUCAAUCAACAUUGGAGACCAUAUUUAAUCAUUUUGCGGCAACACAAUAAUCAAACCAGACGGGAAACCAAACAGUCAUAUAGCAGUCAACUGUUCAUACAUUAAUUGGGUCAUUAGAAAGAAACUUGGUAUAGAAGAAUACAGCAUCAAUCAAUCAACAGAGAUAACUCGGUAUAAAAAGAAUACAGGAUCAGUCAGUCAACAGAGAAACUUGAUAUUGAAGAAAACAUUAGUCGCGGACAUUGGAGACCAUUAUUCAGUCCCUUUGCUGCUACCUCAUGGAUAUUUUAAAUUCACCCCAAAAUGUGCAGUGUUUCUUUGUCUUUCUAUUCUAGAUUUUAGACGUGAGCCACUCGGCCCUUACCUGGCCCUGGUGUAAUUAUGGCAGGUUUUGAAUUUUGAUUUUUAUAUAAAUGUUGUAUAAUAUGUUAUCUUCUUAAUAAUUUGAGGUUGUACAUUUUUAAAAA